AUGCAGACGGACCUGCCCAAACCUCCUUCGAAGCUACAUCUCAUUGGCCUGGAAGUGAAUCGCCCCCCUGACCACCGUGCGACACACUGCCCUUCACCCCUCUGCCCCUAUAAAUCCCCCAAGCGCAGCCUCUCCGCCCCAGAGCCGCUCUUGCACAGCAUGGCCUCAACACCCUCCCAAGAGACGCCUGUGGGCAAUGGGGAUGCGGAGGGCUUUUGGUGUCCCCUAGGGGCCCCGCCUGCACCCCUGCCCCCUCUGCUGCCCCACCUGCCCUGUGCCUACCCUGCUCUCCCUUGCUACAGCCUGCUGCAGCCACCGCCCCUGGGGCUCUUCACCCAGCCGGGACAAGUGUCCCGUUUUCAGCGGGGCAUCCCGGAUCACAGAAGCCAAUCUUGGCUUUGCCUUGGAUCCCGGAAUGUCCUGUUUAAGACGGGCACCCUGGCGCGAGUCAGCAGGGUUGUGCUGGUGAGCGCCAGAGAGCCUUCCGGGAUCGCUUUGGGAAUCAUCAAAGGGUGGGACCAAAGCGCCUCCGGGAGGCUGCAGUGGCAGCGGCAGGAGGCAGCUGCGAUGGGGGCAGAGGAGGCAGCAGAAUUCCUGCAACACCCGGAGUUGUUUGGGGGUCCUGCUUCUCACAGCCGCUCUUGCCUUUGUGUGCUCCAGGUCUCUGCCCCCUGCGAGCUGCCUGGCGGACCCCCCCUGCUGUGGCCGGCGCCAUUGCUCUACUCGCCCCUCCUGCGGCCAGGUACCCCCGAGGACCCGUCGCGGGGCAAGGCAGCCGCCUCCCGGGAGAGCACAGCGGCCCUCAAGGCCUGGCUGGGCCAGCACCCCAAAAACCCCUACCCCAGCAAGGGAGAGAAGGUGCUGCUGGCCAUAGUCAGCCGGAUGAGCCUGACGCAGGUCUCCACCUGGUUCGCCAACGCCCGCCGGAGGCUCAAGAAGGAGAACCGGGCUUGCUGGGCACCCCGGGCCCCGAAGGCCGAGGGAGAGGCGGAGGAGGAAGAGGAGGAGAGCGAGGGAGAGGCCGGCGCAGAAAGAGCAGCCCCCAGCACCCCUCCACCGAGGACAAAGCUCCCCCAGAAUGGCUCUCUGGCAGAAACAGCGGCCCCUUGGCUGAAGGCUGGGCGGUGGCAAGGCUUGCCUGCGUCUCCUCCGCCGGCCACUGCUGAGGUGCAGGAGUUGCCCGCCAAGCCCAAGAUCUGGUGUGUGGCUGAACUGGCCACCAGCGCCCAGCCCGGCAGGGGGGCUCUUUGAGGAGCUGCGGGGCAUCCAAAUGGGGUGAGAGGAGACCCCUUUGUCCAGCUAGGGAAGGAGGAGCCCUGGAAAGGCUUUUCUGGCUGGUGGGGAAGCGGAAGAGAAGAGCUGCUGCUGUUGCUCUUGUUCUUCACCUGUCCUUCAGCUUAAGGUCCCAGAGGGGCUUACAAUAAUUAAAACAUCGUGUGAAUACAGUUGAAGUAGCUGGGAUAGUCGACUCUCCUUUGUUUUUCAAGCAGAGUUUGGGUGGCCACCUGCCAGGGGUUUUUUAGCUGUGAGUCCUGCAUUGCACAGGGUUGGACUGGAUGAACCCUGAGAUUCCUUCCAAGUUGAAAUAAAAAUAAUUAAGGUCUUAUAUAUAAAUAAUAAAUGUUCAUAAAUGUACCAACCAAGCACUGACAUAGAUCAGCACAGGAAGACCGACCUGAAACCAUUUUGACUCCCAAACUGACCAAAUGUUUUCUCUGCAAGGAGGGAGGGGGUCAGGGAACCUUCCCAUUGUCUCAGGAAUUGGGAAAUCACCAUCUCAAAGGGUGACAGACUACCAGGAAAGGCAA